AUACGUUUACUUUGUGUUGAGUCUGUUACAAGAGAAGAAGAGAUGAUGGCAUCAUCAGCAGUACUAAUUCAUACUGUUUGUAAUAAUGUCAUCCCAACUUGGUAAUUCAUUACUAAUCAUGAUUGAUGUAUUUUUUACAAAGCUGAUCUACAUUUUUUACUACGUUUUCUGUGCAGUGAAAUAAACAAAGUAAAAAUCUUGUCUUUAUCUAAAAAGAACAAGUCAAAACUCGCAACAGUGUAAAAGGGGUGGACUGGAGAGGGGGCAAAUUAAAGAAAACAUGGAUCCAAUUUUUUUUAUUUAAUUAUUUAUUUUAUCUUUGACAAAGAUCCCAUUUUGUGCCUUGGGAUUUCAAAGAUUUAACCUUUUGUGUUUCACAUUCGUUUCCCCUUUAGCUAAAAUUCAUUCAUUCAGAUAGAUUAAAUUUUAAAUCAAGAAAAGGCAACAAACACAGACACCACUUGAAACAAUUCCCUUUUUUUACUCUCUCUUUUGUUUUCUUCAACUCUCUCUCUCUCUCUACCUUGUUCAAUCAAAACCACUGUCAACACAAACACCAGCAAGAAUUCUUAUUCUUUCUACCGGAUAUGGCGCUUCGUAUAUCAUAGGAGGAAGCAAUUUUUUUUUUUUUUUGAAAUUAUAAAUUAUUUAUCAAUGGAUCCUAACAACAACAACAACAAUUCAAAACAGGCACAACCAAGCUUCUUAAGCAUCCCUGAAUCGCCAAACAUGGGGGAAAACAAAAUCAAAGAUUUACAACAACAGAUUGUUGUUGCAGAGAAAGAUGAAUCGAAGAAACAGUCUUUAGCACCGAAGAGAACAUCAAACAAAGACAGGCACACAAAAGUGGAAGGCAGGGGUCGGCGAAUAAGGAUGCCAGCUCUCUGCGCCGCUAGAAUAUUCCAGCUCACCAGAGAAUUAGGGCACAAAUCCGACGGAGAAACUAUCCAGUGGCUACUCCAACAAGCAGAGCCGUCAAUAAUCGCCGCCACGGGGACCGGCACAAUACCCGCGUCCGCCCUAGCCGCCGCCGCCGCCGGCUCGAUUUCCCAACACGGCGGCUCGAUUUCGUCGGGGCUACAUCAAAAGAUGGACGAUUCGGGGGGGAGUAGGACCCCUUGGCCAAUCGUCGGCGGCGCGAGCACUGGAUUAUGGCCCCCUACUGCUGCUGCUGGUAUGGGUGGUUAUGGAUUUCAGACAUCAUCGUCUUCAUCAAUGGUGAAUGAGAAUCAACAGAGUUACUUGCAGAAGAUAGGGUUUCAUGGAGGGUUUGACUUGCCCCCGGGGAAUAUGGGGGGAGCUAUGAGUUUUACUUCAAUUUUGGGUGGCAUUACUAAUAAUACUAAUAGCCAUCAUCAUCCUGGAUUGGAGCUAGGGUUAUCACAAGAUGCAAAUAUUGGGGUUCUAAAUCAUCAUCAUCAUCAUCAUCAUCCAGCAGCAUUUACCCAGAUUUAUCACCACCACCAACAGAUCGGCCAGCCUCGAACCCUGCACCACCAUCAAAACCAAAAUCAAAAUCAAAAUCAGCAAUCUUCCAAGGAUGAUUCUCAAGAAUCAGCACAAUAAUUAAAUUAAAAAAAAAAAAAAAAAAAGAGAUUGAGUUUUUUUGAGUGGAUUUUAUAUUGUAUAUGUUGAAGAAUUUCAGUAAUGUCUUAUUUUCCCUGUUUUUUUUUUGUUUUGGGGUUUCUUCAAUCCCGGAGCUUUCAUCCCACUGUUUGAGAUACAUACAUACAGGUGAGGCUGGGCCAAUUUUUAUUUUAUUUUAUUUUAUUUUAUUUUAUUUAGUUCAUCAAAUGUUUGAUUUAUUAUAUUGAUGUGUAAAUUAGAGAGGAUUGAAUUCGAGAUGUUGUCACUAAUAUAGAAUUUGCUUCAAUU